AUGAGCCAGGCCCGUGCCCACUCAGAUCCCGGGUCACGUGUUGGAGGACUUCACAUCUCAGCUCUAGAAGCCCGUUGCCGAGAGCUGAUGAAAGAGGGAUUAGCUCAGAGCACCCGACGAUCCUACGCAAGCGCCCAGAACAGAUUUACAGCCUUUUGCUUGCAGUUUGGAAAAGCCCACGCGGACGGCUCUGUCUGUCCAGCAGAUGAAUGGACUUUGUGCCUGUUCGCGUCAUUCUUGUCUCAGUCCUUGAACCAUGCGUCGAUUAAGGCCUACCUUUCGGCAGUCCGUGCGCUUCACGUAGAGCAAGGCUUUCCUGACCCCUUGCUUGACCGGCCAAGACUACAGAGAGUGAUAAGAGGCAUUAAACGCGUCCACGGGACCAAAGCCACGGAUCGUUUACCCAUCACUGAUGACAUUAUGUGGUUGAUUCAUGGACAUUUGGACAUGUCCCAGGUGGAUCACUUAAUGUUUUGGGCAGCCUGUUGCCUAGCUUACUUUGGUUUCAUGCGUUCUGCGGAGUUUACUGUACCUAAAUUAAGCAGUUAUUCUUCAGCUAUUCACUUGAGCGUGCAAGAUAUAGCAGUAGACUCUAUAGACGCGCCGUCGUGUCUUUGUGUGUAUAUUAAAGCGUCUAAGACUGACCCAUUCCGAAAGGGUUGUCGAGUUUACGUGGGUAGGGCCACCCCUCCUUUGUGCGCAGUCCAUUCUCUAUUAGCGUAUCUGAAGAUCAGAGGAGAUUCCCCAGGGCCAUUGAUUUUGUUGCAAUCUGGUCAACCGUUGACACGCCCUCUUCUUACCAACUGGCUUAGAAAACUCUUGUUGUUGGCGAAUAUUCCAGGGAACUAUUCCAGCCAUAGUUUUAGAAUAGGCGCGGCUACGGUAGCAGCCCGAAACGGAGUUCCCGAUCACCUGAUACAGUCGAUGGGCCGGUGGUCCAGCAACGCCUACCAGCGAUAUAUCAGAUCCCCAGUGGAGGUAUUGGCUUCAGCCUCGGCACGUUUAUCGAAAUAAAGUACUGUCUUUGUCGUC